UCCUUCCAGCACACACCAACACCAGAUAUUGAGAGUGAGCUUCUUUUUAUUUCGCUUUGCUGCGACUGACUUGACCAACCGACGCCAUGGCUGAACGUGACGACCACCUCAAGGCCAUCAGCAACAACCGCGGAAAGGCGCCCGCCGCGGACCCAGAGGAGAUUAAGAAGCGCAACCAGGCCGCGCUUGCCAAGCGCAAGGCCAUGCUGGCGCAGAUGAAGGAGGAGGAGAAGUCCAAGCCGCUUCCCGAGGGCUGGCGCCGCGUGGAGUCCCGCUCUCGCCCCGGCGAGUUUGUCUACGAGAACAUUCACACAGAGGAGCGCAUUGCCUGGUUCCCAACCGAGCCAGCAAAGGAGGAAGCCACCCCUGCCCUGGUUGCGCAGAACACAGACGAGGAUAAGAAGGAGGCGCUGAAGAAGAAGAACCUUGCUGCGCUUGAGAAGCGCAAGCAGCGGCUCAAGGCCCAGCGCGAGGCCGAGAAGUCCCUUGACCUUCCCGACGGCUGGAAGCGCGUGGAGUCCCGCUCCCGCCCCGGCGAGGUUGUCUACGAGAACGUGUUCACGGGUGAGCGCCAGGCGUGGUUCCCUGACGCGCCCGCCGUGGACCCCAAGGCCUCGGAGGCCGACGCCAAGAAGCAGGCCCUCAUUGAGAAGAACCGCAAGGCGCUGGAGGCGCGCAAGGCCAAGCUCGCUGCCAAGAAGAGCGAGGAGGCGAGCAAGCCGCUUCCUGAGGGCUGGCGUCGCGUGGAGUCCCGCUCCCGCCCCGGCGAGUACGUGUAUGAGAACAUCUACACGGAGGAGCGCAUUGCCUGGCUCCCCGAGGAGCCCGCAGAGCCCCCACUGCCGGAGGGCUGGCGCAAGGUCGAGUCGCGCACAUACCCUGGCGAGUACGUCUACGAGAACAUUUACACAAUGGACCGCCAGGCCUGGCGACCAGAGGGGCCCGCCCCCAAGGAGCCUGUGGAGGAGGACCCUGCCAAGCGCACGCAGGACCAGCUGCAGCAGCUGAAGAAGGCCACACCCGAGGUGAACAUUGUGUGCAAGGCGCGCGCCAUGUACGAGUAUGCCGCUGAGAACCGCGAGGAAGAGAUUGAUCUCCUUGAGGGCGACGUCAUCCUCGUCGAGUACAAGCAUUCGAACAUUGUAACGGCAGUCAACCACAAACACUGA